UAUAUAUCUGUAACUCAUGAGGACUUGAUGUAAUUGUCAUGUAUACAUGGCAAAAAAAACUACAAUGAUGUGAGAUUUUGGAAUCAGUGUGUCUCAGAAAAGACAUAGAUCUCUAUACGUUGAUUAUAUGCGAAAGUAAUUUAUCAUCAUCGCGGUAUCUCAUCUCCUUUUAUCGACACUCUGUCAGUCAAAUAUACCACUCCGACCAGUUUUACGAUUAUUUUACAAAUCAACUGUUUUGUUACAAACUCUUUAAAUAGUAUGGAGUGUAUAUUUUGUGCAGUUUCAAUAAAUUUCAAUGUUGUUUGUAAAAAUUUGUAAAAUGGAUAUGUUAACUUUAUUAUCAGUGGCAAAGUUAAAAUGAAUCAUUUGACUGAGCGAAGAAAUAAGAAAAGAUAGAACUGUAUGUGUGAUAAAAUAGAAAAAAAAUGUCAGGAUUGGACCAAUUUGAGUUUAUAAAACAUAUUGGAAAAGGGAGUUAUGGAGAAGUGACACUUCAAAGACAUAAGAAGGAUAGAAAACAGUAUGUCUUGAAACGAAUAAACUUAAAGAAAGCCUCCAAAAGAGAGCAACAUUCUGCAGAACAAGAAGCUAAACUUCUAUCAAAACUUAAGCAUCCUAAUAUUGUGACGUAUAAAGAUUCUUUUCAAGGAAAGGAUGGUUUCCUUCACAUAGCUAUGCAGUUCUGUGAGGGCGGGGAUUUGUACACAAAACUCAAGGAACAGAAGGGUGUUCCUCUAGAGGAGAGACAGGUGGUGGAAUGGUUUGUGCAGAUUGCUAUGGCACUGCAGUACAUGCAUGAAAGAAAUAUUCUUCACAGAGAUCUGAAAACCCAAAAUAUUUUCCUAACGAAGAGCAAAAUAAUCAAAGUAGGAGACUUGGGAAUUGCUAGAGUGUUGGAUUCAUCUAGUGACAUGGCCACCACUUUGAUUGGAACUCCAUACUAUAUGAGUCCCGAACUUUUCUCCAAUAAACCCUACAACCACAAGUCUGAUGUGUGGGCAUUAGGAUGCUGUGUGUAUGAAAUGGCUACUCUGAAACAUGCAUUUAAUGCAAAGGACAUGAACUCACUGGUGUAUAAAAUAUUAAAGGGAAAGAUGCCUUUGAUGCCAAAACAAUACAGUGCUGAAUUAAUCCAGAUAAUAAAAAAUAUGUUACAUCAGGAACCAGAAAAGCGUCCCUCCGUUAACCGCAUCCUGAGAGAUCCGUACAUCAAAAAGAAUAUUUCCGUCUUCUUAGAGGAGACCAAGAAGAGCCGUCCAUCUAGUGCUAGUCGCCCCAGCAGUGCUCAAAGACUGAGACCACGAACUGCCCCGUCUAAUCGCCCACCUGCACCCCUCCCCUCCGGUGAUGUCUCCAAUGUCAAUAACAACUCUGCCGGUAAAAUACGGGUCCAUGUUCCUGAAUCUGAAGGAGGUGACAGCACAGAUAGUGCACAGGCUGUACCACAGCCCGCUAUUCUCCGAAGACCUGGUCAUGCCCGCAAACCUUCAGAUGGAGCCAAGCAGGACCUGUUUCCCAUAGUAGAGGAUAAAGUUAUCAGUGAUAACCACCAGAAAAAUCUAGGAUCCUCCACCAGUUCUGAGGAUACAGUGAAAAACAAUACAGUCAAAGAGAAAUCAGAUUCCCAGUCUCCACCAAGUAAAAGUAAAGAAUCACCUCCCGGAAGAAAUUCUCCCAAAAAGAAAAAGAACAUUUUGAGAAAAGUUAAUCGUGACAGUGACACAGACUCGCUUCCGAGUGUGAGAUCUGAGCCUAAUCUCAGUGCGAGAUCUGACUCAAGUGCUUCUAGUUAUGCCAAAAGUGACGUAUUUAAAAAAGACACACUAGAGCGGAGUGGGGAUUCAGUAAGUUCUGGCCCUAUAAUUGACAUGGAUUCUAUAAGCUCUAGUCACCCUAAGCCAGUCAGUAAUCCUCGCCCCCUACCCACGCCCCCAAAGGUCAGUGAAAGUGCAGGGAUCCCCGUCAGGCGACCUAGUUAUGAGGAGAAGUUGGUGGAAAACAACAAAUCAUCCAGCACCUCUAGCUCUAAGGAUGAAUCAUGUGAUCUAGAAACUCCUAGGGAACCCAAUCUCUCAGCAAGACAAAGACGAAGGGCCAAAAAUCCCACUGGAUCUUCAUUGGAAAGGCCUAAUUCAGCCCGCAUUCACUUAAAGGCCCCAUCUCGCCACGAGUCCCAGCGAGUGACAAAAGCUGAGAAGAGUGAGUAUGGACCUAAAAUGUCUAAAUCCAAUUCAAAGAGGGUGAGGCAACCCUCCAUUAAAGACAGCUCAAGCUCUGAGGAGGAGACACUCAAAGAAAAUGAGGAUUUCAAAAAGGAGAGAGAAAAACAGAGAGAAAAUAAAGAAAUGAACAAUUUCAUUUCUCUGCUGGAUACAACUUUAAAAAUGAACAAAGAUGAUGACAAGUCAGAGGAUGAAGAUGAUGAUGAUGAGGGGAAAGGUCAUCGACGAGUCAGUGAACCAUCAAAACCAUCCCAGUCAGAAAUCCACAAGAGUGCCUCACUGCCAAGUGUGGAAACUCUGUGUAAUGCUGACAGACUGACCACCCGGAUACAGAUUUUACACAGGGAUUGUGUUCGUGGAGUGGGAUUUGAGAUUUUACAUAAAGCCUUUGCAAUCCUCUCUAACAUAGAAGAUGAUGAAUUGGAGCCUCAGUUGGUGGAACUGAUGGGAAAAGACAAAUUUGACCAGUAUGCAGGGAAGAUCUGGCAGCUGAAAUUCUGCAACGAAUGUUUUGAGCAGCUUCCUCACCUACGAAGCUAGCAGAACUUUGACAGCGUGAAGAGACCUAUCUAUUAAUUUACCAGUAGAUUAAGAGCAGAGGCACAGUUUAAUAAGAGAGGAAGGUUUGAAAGAAUUCACUGCUGGCCUGAUUGGUAUUAAUUGGAUUAGUUUGAUACAUAUUUGUAUUAUAAUUUAUGUUGUUUUGUAUCUCUCACUGAUAAAGUUGUGUCGUCAUUGAAUAUAAUUUACUUUGCUUCUCAGGUUCAGUAAUGUAAUAAUUUCAAAGCUAUAGAUUUCAUUUUUACAAAUAUUUAUUUUAUAACCUUUUUUCUGACAUUGUCCAUUUUUUCUCCACCAUGGUAGUAUUAUUAUUUAUUAUUCAUAUUGAAUUUGUAUAAAGAUAAAACUACUAUAUAAUAUGUCUGUUCAGUGUGUUUAAAGUAUACAGAGUAGUGUGUGCAUGUCUAAGGUUGUGAACUAAGGUUGCAGGUGUUUUAUAACAAUUUUGAAAUAAUUAGUAUGUCUGUGAUUAUAAGAAUUAGGUUGUGUGGAAGACAAAUGUCUGAUAUUUAGAAAACCCUUGAUUUAUUCAUAUUUCUCAUGAAAACUUGUAUUUAUGCAGACUGUGUUAUAUUAAAUGAGUUCUAAUGUUUCUUGUGCUAAAUGUAAUAUACAGCUUCAAUUUUUCAUUUCUUCUCCUUUUUUUUGUAUCACUGGCUUUAUGAAUAGAUUU